UCCAUCCAUUGCUCCAAUCGCAAGAAAAUAUCCUCCGUCGACCGUCGCCUCCGGCUCCGAGGCGAGGAAGGCUCCCGAACGGUCGAACACUGCCGGAGGCGUUUGCUUGCUACCCAUGGCGACUUCUACUGUUGCUGGUGCUGCUCUGCUCUGCCCCAGCCCGCGAUUUCCCGCCGCGUUGUCGAGGAGGGGGUCUCCCAGUGCGGUUGCUGGGCGGACGAGGAGGAGGAGAAGGGGAGCGGCGGGGGUCGUGCGAGCGUGCUUCAAUCCUCUUGGGGACGAGCGUAUCCUCCGAGAAGCCAUUAAGGAGCCAGUUGCAUUCAUGGGUGGUGUGUUUGCUGGCCUCUUGAGGCUUGACCUGAAUGAGGAUCCUCUCAAGGAAUGGAUGACUCGGACAGUGGAGGCUUCUGGAAUAGCUGAGGAAAAUAGCUCUGAAGAAUCAAGUGAGGCAGAUCAAAAUGAUGCACCUCAGCAAAUUGAGAUUGAGUGAGGGCAAAUCAGACUGUUGGGCGGUGCUUUCCAACUAAUCCAAUGAUGGUCGCGGAUCAAGCAGGAAUGAGAAUAUCCUUCGCCUGUAAGUCUCCAGCUCCAACUUGCGAGGCGAGCUGUUAUUAUGGCAUUACGGUUGGCACUCUAGAACCGGAAGCUGUAACUGUUGAUUUGAUCUAAAGCCACUGACGUGAACCUGAGUGACAUACCAAUGCAACAACUAACUACUUGAUGAUGACUGGAACAUAUUUCCGCUAGACUUUCUAUGCUUGUCACAAUCUCACUUGAUGAUGACUGGAACAUAUUUCCACUA